UCGGCUCAGCUGCUAGCCAGUCCUCUCCUGCCUCAGCUUCACAGACCCCGUGGUUUCAAUGGACCUCCUGCGAGCCGUUCUGCAGCCCAGCAUCAACGAGGAGAUCCGAACGGUGUUUGGUCGAUACAUGAAGUUCUUCCAGAAGGCGGCAGGCAAUGUCCGAGAGAAUGUCGGGGAAGACGUGGACGUGGAGCAGCUCAUCCGUGAGACUUGCCGGAGCUGUCUGGAACAGGCCAAGCUUCUGUUUUCUGAUGGCAAGAGAUCGGCUGCCCGGCUGCCCCAUGAAGUCCCACCCAUGAAGCGCACGAAGCCCAUGGAGGAGGAGAUGAGCCAGCAGGGAAGCCCCAUCCCCAGAAAGAGGAAGGGUCGCCCUCCAGGACAGAGCCAGCCGAGCGAUCGAGGGGCUUCGAAUGUGGGCACGUGGAAAACCAAGUCCUCGGAGCCACUGCAGAGGGACGGUCCCAAGUGGGACCCCUUGCGGAUCACCGAGGCCACUGCCUUUGUGCUCGGAUCGAGAGCCAACAAAGCCCUAGGGAUGGGAGGGACCAGAGGCAGACUCUACAUCAAGCACCCCCACCUGUUCAAGUACGCCGCUGACGCUCAGGACAAGCACUGGCUUGCUGAACAGCAACACAUGAGAGCCACAGGGGGCAAAAUGGCCUAUCUCCUUCUGGAGGAGGAUAUCCAGCACCUCGCUGCUAGUGAUGAGUACAGAGGAUCUCCAGAGCUAAAACUGGACGAACUCAAGCCCUUCACCCCGCCACCAUGGAUGAUUGUGAAGAUGCGGAAGUUCAUGGACAACCUGCGAGGCGAAGGGGAACCUCAGCCCCCAGUGCCACUUGAGGCGACUCAGGAAACCUAAAGCUUGUCCACCCCGGUCCUCAUGGAGGACGACAUCUUGGGCUUGUCUCUCUGCCGGAUGGCGAUGGGUUUGCUCCCUGAUAGCCGGGGCACUUGAGGCCACGAGAGAGCAGCCACCAGGCCAGUUCCAGCAGCUCCGGGCACUGUCGUGACACAGGGUCCUUCCCGGGGCUCCCCGUCUUCCUCUUUCUGUAUUGGUCCUUGUUCCUGGUUUUGGGAAGAAGCUCAAAAAUAAAACGCAUCUCUGCAAACUUGC